AUGCUUAUGUUCUUUUCCAUUGCAAACAACAGUGUCACAGUAGUUGGAUCUGAUGCUAGCUAUACGAAGCCAAUCAAAAGUGAUUAUAUUACCAUCUCUCCAGGACAAACCAUUGAUUUCUUGCUGAAAGCUAACCAAAAACCUAGUCACUACUAUAUGGCUACCCACGUUUAUGCAAGUGUAGCAAACUACAACAACAAAACCACAACUAUUAUCGAUUUCACAGGAAGAUUCAGAAGUUUAGGAAAUAAAGAUUAUCCUGUUGACUAUCCUGUUGACGUUCCUAAAAAUGUGACAAAUAUGAAUUUCUUUACACUUUUCCUCAAUACAGUCCUUUGUCCUAAUAAUUCUUGUAAAGUGGCUCUGGAUGAGCCCUUCCUAGCAAAUAUUGUCCCUCGAGCCCUAUGGAGGCCUCGAAGUGGCACAAAAGUAGUUCUUGACUAUAAUUCUACAGUGGAGAUUAUUUUUCAGGGAACAAACACAGUUGGAGGAAUAGAUCAUCCUAUGCAAUUACAUGGACAGAGCUAUUAUGUAGUUGGGUGGGGAUUUGGAAACUUUGAUAGAGAUGGAGAUCCAUUGAAUUAUAAUAUUGUCGACCCUCCUCUAAUGAACACAAUCGCGGUUCCUAUAAAUGGUUGGACAACAGUAAUAUUCAAAGCAAGUGUCUGGUUGUUGCAUUGCCAUUUAGAACGCCAUGUAAGUUGGGGAAUGGAGAAGGUAUUCAUUACAAAAGAUGGCAAGGGAAAAGAGGCUAGAAUGUUGCCUCCACCUCCAGAUAUGCCUCCAUGUUGA